GCCGGGAGAAAACGCGUGUCACAAGUCGUGGUGUUUGAUUUUUUAUAGACUUUUUUUUCUUUUUUGCGCGCGCGUUUCAACCAUUCCGGUGCACUGGCCGACAACUGACAGAAACACUCCCGAGCCAGACCGGCAGUUGCAUCGAAAAGUCGGGUAUCCGCAAAACCAUACAUCAAACACGAGUUUACCUUUCUGAGUGUUCGAUAUUUUUUGUUACUCGCCAUGGUUGUUUAUUUUUAAAAUUAGUAUUCCCCCGAUUCGGCAGACAUCCAGUUACUGCUUGCAUACUGAUACUCACAUAUUGUCCAAGCCCUAGCCAUUUGAUCGGCCUAAGUCGUGCUUCUCAGUGUCAAUGUCAUAUUGAAUCGUUGAAAAUCGGAUUUUCUAACAUUACUGGAGCAGAGUGCAAUUGAGAAAGAUGGAAAGAACAUCCAUCACCAGCAGGAAGCAUAAGAAUGGAAGUCAGACUUGUGCCGGAAAAGAAUCUCUCAAUGAAACGAAUGUUGACAAAAAGUAUUGUGCCAAAAAAGAUGUUAAGUCACCGAGAUCUUCCAUAAGCUGGAUCCCACUGCUGGCAUCAACUACUGUUAUGCUUGCGGUGUCUUUUUAUCUGCUAAGGAAUCUACCCUCAGAUUACCCGGCCAAACGACUUCCUCCAACUGGUGAUGAUGGUCUGAUGCCGCCAAAUCCGCGAUAUACCGAUACAAAGGUGGUUCCUUCGUACACACCAUUGCAUGUUUUUAAGAAUGCUGCCGUUUGUUCGGAUUCUGAGAUUUGCAGCCGUAUAGGAAGAGACAUCUUCCAAAAGAAUGGAUCAGUCAUCGACGCCACAUUGGCCACGAUGUUUUGUGCAGGUCUUUCAAAUAUGCAAUCGAUGGGCAUCGGAGGGGGAUUCAUUAUGAACAUCUACAUAAAAGAUGAACAGAAAGCUUACACCCUGGAUGCUCGAGAAAUAUCGGCGAAGGCAGCCACCGAAGACAUGCAUCUGGAAGAUCCCUCGACCACUAAUGAAGGGCCCCUUUCGAUAGCCACACCGGGGGAAUUAAAGGGUUACUGGGAGGCUCACCAACGAUUUGGCAAUCUUUCCUGGAAGGAAAUCAUGCAACCGAGUAUAGAUUUGUGCCGCAGUGGAUUUGAAAUGUCUAAGCACAUGUACGAUUCGCUACACACUAACUCUAAAGUGAAAUUCGAUCCACAGUUACGCCAAAUGUAUGUUGAUGAGAGUACCAACGCUUUCUACACACCCGGAACUAUAAUCAAACCGGAUCAGCUCUGUAAAACGUUGGAAUACAUAGCAGAGCAUGGAGGGGACACUUUGUAUCGCGGAGAGCUAGCAAAGCAGUUCGCAGAGGAUCUGAAGGAUAUGGGAAGCAUUAUUACCCUUGAGGAUUUGGAAACGUAUAAAGUGCGAUGGAACGAGUCAAUUCCAAUCGAUAUCAAUGGCGACAGCAUGUUUGUGAUACCGGCUCCAGGAAGUGGCGUGCUCGUUGGACUUAUUUUCAACAUCCUGAAGCGUUACAAUUUUAAGCCAGAAGACUUGGCGUCUGUGAAUGCAACGAUUUUAACCUAUCAUCGUAUAAUCGAAGCGUUCAAGCAUGCCUACGGGAAACGCACCCACAUUGGGGAUCCCGAGUUUGUGGACGUUGAAGAUUUUUUAAGAGAUCUAAUUUCACCAGAGUUUGGAGAACAAAUAAGACUGACUAUAGAUGAUAAUAAAACUAAAGAAGACCCCCGAGACUAUGGAGGAGAGUUCUUUAUCAAGGAUAGUACGGGAACUGCUCAUAUUUCGGUAUUAGGACCUAAUGGAGACGCGGUAUCUGUCACCAGUUCUGUAAACUUCUACUUUGGAGCUGCACUAACCGGGAAGAGGACCGGCAUAAUAGUUAACAGUGGAAUGGACGAUUUCUCAUCACCUGGAUUGAAAAAUUAUUUCGGCCUUCCGGGUUCGGAACGAAAUUACAUCCGACCGCAGAAACGUGCACUGUCAUCGAUGGCUCCAACAAUCGUUGUAGGCAAGGACGGCAAUGUCAAAUUGGUUGUCGGAGCAGCUGGUGGCACUAAAAUUACUACAGCAGUAGCAACGAUUAUCAUGAAAUCACUUUGGUUCGACAGCGAUAUCAAAGAAGCAGUAGAUACCCCUCGAUUUCAUCAUCAGUUGAUUCCGAUGGCAUUGCAGUACGAGUAUGGUAAUCUAGAGGACGUACUGAAAGGUCUCGAAGCGAAAGGUCACAAAACAUUCCGAUAUCGAGAGCGUGGUUCUAUUGUUUGUGGUAUAUCGCAAAAUGACACGGGUAUUUACGCCAAUGCUGACUUCCGGAAAGGUGGCGACGUUGUUGGUUAUUGAUAGAAAAGUUGAAUAAAACUCUAAAUUUGAAAAAAUCGUUUUGUUGUA